UGUAGUUGCUGUAAUUGAAAGGGCUUAGCUACGCACUUGCUUUCAAGCAUAUCAACUUGCAUACUCUCAGAGCUAAAGAACUGUCCAGAAUUGGAGUUUUAGAGUUACAGUGAUAACCUACAAUUGGAAACACCCGCACGCCCCAGAAACCAGCCAUAAGUAAAACAAAAUGGUCGUGUUAGCUGCUUCCGUCUGCACACACGGUGGUAAAUUGAUCAUCUCCAGACAGUUCAGAGAAUUGACCAAGGAGAGAGUGACUGCAUUGCUCUCUAAUUUUCCUGCACUCCUUUCAGACUCAACGCAAUCACAACACACUGCCGUUGAAGAUGAGUACGUGAGAUACAUGUAUCAGCCACUAGAGGAAUUCUACGUCGUUCUAAUCACAAAUAAACACUCAAACAUUUUACAAGACAUUGACACUUUACACCUUUUUGCCCAGUCCAUAACAUCGAUUUUGAGAACCGUUGAUGAAAAGGAGAUCUAUGAAAAUUGCUUUGAGUUACUCAGCGCCUUUGAUGAGAUAAUUUGCCUGGGUUAUAAAGAGAACUUAACUUCCAGCCAAGUGAUCAACUUCUUGGAAAUGGACUCCCACGAAGAGAGAAUCCAAGAGAUCAUUGAGAGAAACAAGGAAUUAGAAGCUGCAGAAGCAAGCAAAAAGAAGGCUGUGGAGUUGCAAUUCAAGGAAAUGAUGAAGAAGAGCAAUAUGCAAGGUAUGGACCAAUAUUCACAGCCUGUCCAAACCUACAAUCCUCCUCCAGUUGCAAACGACCGUGAUGAUUAUACCACUUACGCUGAGGAGCAGCAUUCCUCUCUUUCGUCACAAAAUCAAAUCAAAAGAGGUGGCAUGCAAUUGGGCAAGAAGUCUGCUACAUUUGGUGACUCUCAACCGCUUUUAGUGAGCACGCCAGCUCCACAGAGAAGGGCGGUAUCCCAAUCACAACAACCCCAAUAUCAACAACAACAGCAACAAUACCAACAACAACAUCAGCAGCAGAGCUCCAAGCCCAUUAUCGACAACAAUGGUAUUUUACUCACUAUAAACGAGAAGUACUCUGGUCAAAUUACCAGAGAAGGUACCAUAACUUCAGCCGAAAUCAAAGGUGACUUACAAAUAAGAAUCAAUGAUCCCUCACUGGCACAUGCACAAGUGAAGUUGACCCUUCAAAACGAUAGCGAUAUCACCACUCAAUAUAAAACCCAUCCGAACGUUGACAAGAAAUUAUUCAACUCCUCGUCAAUCAUUGGCCUCAAGGACCCAACAAAACCAUUCCCCUCAAAUGAUCAAAACUUGGGUGUUUUGAGAUGGAGAUCGACCAGGAAGUCUUUUGACGAGGAGGGCUCUUCAGGCUUGUUACCAAUAGUACUGACCACGUGGGUUAACAACAACAAUGACGGUACUGUUGGCUUGACUUUUGAAUAUGAAGUCGAUACUUCAAAGAAUGUGGAUGAAGUGUCUAUCAUUAUACCGAUUAUAAACGCUUCCUUUGAAUCAAGCGAUAAUGAUAACGCAGCAUUAGAAUACACCGACAGUGGCGUGAAUAUCAAAUUGACUGAUCUGUUGAAAUACGAGUCUGGAUCCUUUGAAAUAUUGUGCAAAGACGUGGAGGAUGAGGAAGCUUUGUUCCCAAUGGAAUUAUCUUUUGAUGAAUUGAAAAAGAUCGAAGCCUCAGGCUCGGAAGGUAUCCAAGUUAGUGUAGACAGCGUUGUCAACUCGGAAUCUCAAGAUGCUCUACCUUUCGAUAUUUACAUCAAUUCUUCGAGUGAAAGUUACUAUAUCGUUUGAGUUCGAGUAUAACUGGUAAGUCUUCAAUUUGGCUGCAUAAAAUUUUUUAAAUCAUCUAUUUAUAAUCAGAUAGAAUCUUAAAUAAUGUUAUAUUUAUUAAAGUACCCACCGUCGAGCGGUGAUUGAAAGAGUGAUUGUAAGUCACGUG